AUGGAACAUUGGGAUGAGAUAUGCGUAGGAAUUAAUGAUUACAUGAAUGCAAAAAAUUGGAAAGAAGAAAAUGGGCCUACUACACAAAACUUAUUAACUGAUGCCUUAAUUAAAAGAGAAAUAAAGGAACUAAAACAAAACAUCGUUGGAGAAAUGAGAGCUCAGUCAAGUAAUACAGAAGGCGGAGAG